UCCGAUUGAAUAAAUUAAACAAAAAACAGUCAAAAAUACUAUUGGUGAUAUUUUUACGUUUUAUUUUUUAUUAAAUUUAUUCAUUGGUAAUAAAAAAGGGCCUCACAAAGAAUACCUUAUGGGGCAAUUUGCUGUAAUUUAUUUAAGUUUUUAAAAUACAACACAAAUACAAUGCUGAAACAAAAUCUAUAUUCUAUUGUGAAUAGAAGAGAAAGUGUCUCAAAUAGUAGUAAAUAACGGGUCGAUAGAAAUAUGUCUGUCCCUGAUUUGUCUGUUAGUUGUCGUUUUGCUGAUUAUUUUGCUAUAUGUGGACUUGAUUUCGAUUCUGGAUUAGAACCUGAUAGACUAUGUGGUGAUAAUUUACACGUAUCUCCUCUCGACCGAUCCUAUAAAGGAAAAAUUUUAGCUCACUAUCCUGAAAAUGUUCCUAGUAAUCAAUUUGAUGAACAUGCAACCUGUAUGCUCUGUCUACCAGCUGGCCUCCAAUUUAGAACCCAAAAGCAUUCAUUGGAGCCCCAAUUUCACAGUUUUGUAGUAACUAGAGAAAAUGCAUCUAGAUAUUAUGGAUUUAGCCUUAUAUUUUAUGAAGAGGUCAGAAAUAAAAACAUCUGUAGUGCUAUGCAUACUUUACAGGCGAUGUACAUUACAGAACUCUCUAGUGGCCAGACUCCACCAGGCCAUAGAAAAAGCUCUGGUAAGGAGAGCUCACGAUCCCUCCCCAGAUCGUUCAAACUUACGCCUCAUACUGGUGCUGCUCUAACAUACUUUGAUAUAGCCAAAGAUAAACUCUAUGUAGCUAAAAGUAUAGCACUGAUUUGUCAAUACCCCUUUGUAAGAGUUGCCCAAAUGUUUUUAGAAAACUUGUUCAGAUCCUUACCAAGACAACCAGGACCUGGUCUUAGCCCAGAAUCUUAUGUUUAUAAUUUACUUUACGAAGUACCAGUGCCCUUGCCAGGUCAAGCUUUAAGACUUUAUGUGCCACCUCCUCAACCACAUCUUGAAGCCAUUCCAGUUGUGAUAAGAAUGCCAAAUCCUCCAGAAGAGUUACCACUGUUAGACUAUUCGUUGCGUGUCAUGUUUUCUAAUUUAGGCGUUGAACUAGUAGUACAAUUGUUCACGUGUGUUCUACUUGAACAUCAAGUAUUACUUAGAUCAACUGAUUACAACAAGCUGAUGCUGGUUUCUGAAUGUAUGGUAUCGCUAUUGCUUCCCUUCACUUGGGCGCACGUCUACGUACCGAUACUACCGGCUCCUUUAUAUCACUUCCUCGACGCGCCCGUACCAUUUGUCAUGGGUUUACAUACAGACAGCGCGGCCGUUUGCGCCAACGGACCCAGAAGCAUUGCCCUUUGUUCUGAAGCAGCACUGUGUCUGGUAGACAUCGACAAACCCGACAUACAACUACCAGAAGAAUUGCCGAUAUUCCCACACAGAACAUCCUUCAUUGAGGAACUCAAUCAUUUAAUGGAUAAAUAUCAGAUUCAGAGACCCGAGACGGAACCAACCAAAUUAAGUGCGCCCCUAAACGGAACAUCGUAUAGGCACAUGAAUGACAACAUGAGCAGCAGUUGUACUUUACCAUCAGGCGGCUUACGCAGGAAGCACUCGUUUCACGACGUGCUAGAGUGGGAAGAAAGUAGGCCGUUGAACGCCUCCCCUCCCGCCUCGCCCACCCGCCGCGCUCCCCUGCGGCCCGACGCCUUGCAGCGUAUCGCCGAUAUCGUCAAGCGUACAGGUGUCAACAUUGACGACGUGGAUGCCGAAACAGUGAUGCCAACUACUAAAAAGAAAAUUCUCAACGAUGAAGAGCAAUAUAAUGAAGAUAUGCGUUUUAACAGUGCUGUUAGAGAAACGUUUCUCAAUAGAUUUGUUCAUAUAUUUUUGAUGUAUGAAAAUUUCGUUAUCAUGCCCGAUCAGGACCGCGAGUCAUGGCUGAGCUCACGCGAAUCGAUGGUCAACUUUGACAAGGCGUCCUUCCUCUCCGACCAGCCUCAGCGUCACCGACCAUUCCUGUCACGCUUCCUCGAAACCCAAAUGUUCGCCACGCUCAUCGACAACAAGAUCAUGGCUAAUUGGGGGGAAUAUGACGUUAAUUUGCAAGUCUUCGAAUAUCGGACUAGGAUCGUCAGGGGCAGGCUGGGCGAGGGCGGGCUGGCGACGCGUGGGUACUGCGUGUGGGCGGGGGGGACGGGGGCCGCGGCGGCGGGGGGCGGGGCGGAGCUGGAGGUGGACGCGCCGGCCGAGCGCCUGCCGCACCGCGCCGCCUACUACCGCGCCUUCCCCGCCCGGCUCGACGCGCACGCACUCGCCGCGCCUGACCUCAGAACGAACAGUCUAAAGCGAAUAAAAAAUGCGAAAUGGCAAGUGAAAGACUGUCCGCCAGAGUUGUUGCUCGGAGACUUCAGCAGACGGUUGUCUACUGAAGUCACGCCUGCAGCCAUUGCACAGAAUAACAGGACAUUUGUGGAGAAACUCCUUAAGGAAUGUAAGAGCAAAACAAAACGAAUGCUAUUGGAGAAGAUGGGUACAGAAGAGUCUAACUUAGGCUUCGGGAGCGAAGUGUCAAUUACUGGUGUCGAGGAAAGCACUAUGAUUGCGUCCCUGUGUGAUUUAUUAGAACGACUGUGGUCACAUGGCCUACAACACAAAAUGGGAAAGUCAGCGCUCUGGAUGCAUCUCAUUAACUACCAAGAGCUGGAACAAUGCAGCAAUUCAACUAAACCUAUCGAUCCCAAUUAUCUAACACCAGCAUUAGCUUGGUGUGUACUACGGAAACGUCUUGACUACUUAUCAUCGGUUGGAGCGGAAGUUGAAGCUCAACAAGCAGCCAGUGUGAGUCCGCGAUCACGGGACAGCUCCCGCGGCGGAUCCCGCGAUAGCUCUCGGGACCGUCUGAGUAAUUCAGGAACCCUAGAACGCAAAUCGACUCAGCCCGUUAAUCCUUUGCGGCCCUUGCCCGAGAGCUUGACCUUUGAUAUGAGGAAUGUUCAAGCUAUGACUGAUAUAAAAACCGAAAUAGGCUACGCUCGUGCUUGGGUUCGUUUGUCGCUUGAGAAGAAGCUCCUCUCGAAACAUCUCCGUGAAUUAUUAGCCGAUACCACACUAUUGCGCUCUCAAUACAAAAGAACCGCUUUUCUGCGCUGCGAAGAGGAAAGGGAACAAUUUUUAUAUCACUUACUGACUUUGAAUGCCGUUGACUACUAUUGCUUCACGAACACGUAUCCUACAACAAAACUUCCAUAUCGCGUAUUAAUAAUGCCUUCUCGCAAAGCUAGUCAAACGACGGCCAACUGUUGGAUCUCAAUCUCUGGUAUGAACGGAGAGUCGACUCCGAAAAUUCCCAUACCUCGUAACACAAACGAAUUCGUUUUCCAUCACAAGAAUCUUGGGACAUUAUCAACCUUGAGAAUCGGUCACGAUAAUUCUGGUUUGUCGCCGCGGUGGUUACUCGACCAAGUUUAUGUCAGAAAUGAAGUGACAGGACAUACUUACACGUAUCCUUGUAACCGCUGGCUGGGGAGUGGAGUGGACGACGGCUCCACCGAGCGGCUGCUGGUGGCGGCGCGCGUGCGCAGCGAGCACACGCCGCGCUCCCCCGCGCCCCCCGCCGCCCUGCACCCGCACACUCCCACCACGCACCUCUCGACCUCGACCAUCCAGCACAUGAUCGGUGAUUGCGUGAACGCCAUUGUGAAAUGGCACUAUCAGUCAAAAAGAGAUAAGGACGCGAACUCGCUAAGUGUCUUACUGUGCGGAGAAAAUGGCUUGGUCAAGUGCUUGGAGCAAGCUUUCCUCUGUGGCUUCAAAUCGGCGCGCUUCUUCGGCAAGAAUUUUUUCAUAUGGGAUUAUUUCGCUAGAGUCAAAGACGAGUUCAAAAUGAGCCUGUGCGACGAGCCCAGUACGAUGAACAACAAGAACUGCGGCGGCGUAUCCUACAACUGCAGACAGGACCAAGAGCACAGAGCCAUCUGGCGAUGCUACUGCCAUCUCAUGGACGAGGUCAACAGUGUGGGCCGCUCGCUGGGGAAGGACGGGAAGUUUCAACUCUUCAUAUGUCUAAGUUUACGGGAACACUGGCUUCAUCGAAUGCUGGUGCCUAUGUCAUUGACUCGUGUCACAGCUGAGAUGUACGAGGAGCAAAGUUUUCUGCGCAAACGCGGGCUUCUCACGUUUCUGAAACAAAUACUCGAGCCUUUGGACGAAUUUGACAUUGUACUCGAAAACUCUCUCACUCAAGGCAUUUAAAAUAUCUGUGGUAGUAUUCGGAUCUUAUUUAAAGUUGCUUCUUAUCAAGAGUACCAAGUUUCCAUAAAUUUAUCUCAUGAUAGAUGUUUGAAUAGAAUUUAAACCAUGACACACUAUAGUUGAAGCAAAAAAGACUGUUUUCUCUUGUUAUUUUUGUGAUUAUUAAUCUCUUUUAACCAGUUAUAAGAAGAAAAUCUUAAAUUUUUACAUCGUCCUGAAAGUUGUUCGAUGGUGGCAAUAUCCAUUCAUAUAAUACCUGUUUAAUUGAGAUGUUGCUCGAGGUAUCGGCGCGGUGCGUAAAACUAAAGAAAAAAUAUUUAAAAGUAUAGCAAUUAUUGGAUUGAAUAUUAUUUUUGAGUAGAUAUUACCAAGAACAUGCAAUAAACAGAAAUGAAACGUCAUGUUUUAUUCCUGUUUAUAGUCAACGUCAAAUUAAAAACGGAGAAAUUUCGGUUUGGAGAUAAUUUUUUAUUGCCUUAUUUCGUGCUCACAGCGUUACUUAGUCUCAAUUAAACAGUGGGCAGAAUGUAAGUUCGAUAUUAUUUGAAUUUUUUUUUUUUGUUACUUUAUUGAUAUACAUUUUUCCUAUAUCCAAAAUACUCAAAAUGUAAAUUUUCUUAUGAACAUGAAUUUGAUAAUUGUAGAUUCUUAGUAUUUUUUUACUUGUUAAGUUUGAUUUUUGAUGUGAUAACUUGCCCAUUGAACCCAAAGAUUUUUUUGUAGUGGUGCUUAUAGUAACAAAAUAUUUUAUAAUUUAUUUUUAAAUUGUUAAGUUGGAAGUAAUGAGUGCGUGAUCAUUUUUUUUAAAAGACAAUUAGACUAUUCUUUUAUUCGACUCUGAAAUAAAACGCCGAUCGGUGUUGUCGUCCAGAAAAGGUAUAUCUUAUCGUUAAUUGUGUGUUUUCAGAUUUAUAUUUACAUUUUCCCCUUUCUUCUGGCAAGAAAGCUAAUGUGUACUAAAACAUGAUUUUUUUUUUAUUUAAUAAGAUCUAUUAAAAUUCCAGGGCAUUAACAUUUAUUGCUAGAACUGGCAUAUCUGAAUUUCAUCGUGUUAGCUAUAUUUUUUCGAUCGUUUUUUAUGACAUUGUUUUCAUAUAUAUUUUCCUCUCUGAACUUUAUGCCAAUCUAAAUACAUACGUAAGCACCAGAUGAAACUAUUCAAACAAUUGAAAAGGUAAAAAAAACAUAAAAUAUAGUGUGUAUAGCGUAGAUAUCUAUCUCAUAACAUUACCUACUGUCUUUAUUAGAUUUUAGUUUCCUCAAAAAGUAUAAGGUGAAUUACUUGUUGAUAAUUUUCUUGAGUUGUCGGUUAUUUUUUAUUGCAUAAGCGAUUGAACGAGUUCACGACGAAUCUGGUGUUAAGUGGUUAUCGAAACUGAUAGACUAUAUUAUAAUAUGAAUGCCGUUACCUUGAGACAUGAGGUCUAUGUCUCAAUUGCUUAGCAUAGUCGCUUCAAACUGGCACAGGACCGACUAAAAAUAGGCAAUGUGGUGUUACCACCACCACUGCUAAAUAUAAUACACACACGCUGGUAUAAUCGUCACAGAAAUUUCUUGUUCAUUCUCACAGAAAAAAAUUAUGUGGUGUUAUUCUAACCCGAACAUCAGACAGCCGCACAAGACACUCUUCAAGUGAAUACAAUCUUAUGAUUCGUCUAUUCAUUACUCAUAGUAUUUCGGUGUGGAAUACAAACACUCGCUGUGCAGGUUUGUUUUUCAAUUUUGUUCAAAAGCUUUUACUAGAUCUCAGAAUUACUUUAUAUAUUAUACUUAAUAUCCUUUUUGUUUAACAAAAAAAUCUGAUCUUUUGUAUAUUAAAAAUUUAUAUGCCGUCUCUUGAAAUUUGAUAAUUGGCACUUAUGUUAUUAAAGUAAUAUAUUUUUAUAAAAAUAUCGACUUUAGUUUGAGUUCUUUGGACUUCUGUGCAAAAUAAUGAAUACCAGAACAUUAAAACAAAAUUAUUUCGAAGGUCAAAACAAAAAAAAAUUAAAUUAACGUCGUUUUAUUAGUUUUAGAUUAUUGCCGUCCUCCAAUAUUGUUGGCUUAACACUUAGUUGAAUAUAUGAUUGGCACUGGCAAGGGCGGAUCCAGCUUUGGCGCCAGGAGGGGGUCACAUAGUCGUGGGCAAGUUAAGAACUUAUAAUUUAAUUUUGAUAACAAUAGAUAAUAAAUAAAUCAUGAUGUUCUUCAAUUAGUCCAAGUUAGUUCAAGUCCUGGAACUAGCUCAGGGGGGGGGUCAUGACCCCCAUGACCCCCCCCCCUGGAUCCGCCGUUGGGCACUGGCUGAUUAAAAUUGUGCCAAAUAAUAUUAAAACUUAACGCUUACACUUACAAGACCCUUUCAAAUGAUGCCUUACAUAAAAUAUCCUAAAGUGUUAAGGUAAAACAUCAAUUGAAUCUUUACAAAAGAGUCACUUCAGUCUAUAAUAAUACGGUAAUUAAAAUUAAAGUUAAAGGAUUUAAAGUCAAUAUUUGUUUUCAUUUUAUGUUCCAUGAAAUCACUGCGUUCGUUGCAAGUGUAUGUUAGAAUUCUUCCGCAAUUCGACACCAAAGAUGUUUGAUCACUGGUUACUCAAUAAAUAAUUAUAGUGCAUAAUGAAAUAACAUUGACUUGCCAUUUCCAAAACAUUUGUAAAUUAAUGUUUUUUUAAACUACCUUUUUUAAUAACCUAAUAUUAAACCGUAAAUUUGUUUAAAUGUAAUUAAUGUCUAUGACGUAUGAAAAUUGUGUGAGUUGACAAUUUUUAAGCGCCAGUUCAUUUUAAUUUAUGGAAUGAAAGUCAAUACGAAAAUAAUUUUAUUUACUUGUAACAAUGAAACCUACUAAUUUAUGUUAGGUACCUACAACGCUAACACACAAAAAUAAUUUUCGAACUUUUAUGCAUUUACGUAAUAUUUAAUUUUAUCAGAAAAUAUGUUCCCAUAGCGAUUGUGUUUUCUUUGGUCUAAACAGACUUCUCAACAAAUCGGUUCGAAUAAAAUACUUCAUACUUUAGGUAAGUAAGUACCUAGGUUUAGAAAAACAAUUUAAAUUCCACAUUUCAAAACAGCGGCAAAGGGUAAAGUAAUUGAUCUGUUGCUGCGCGUCAACCAACAAAACCUCGGACUUAUUGUAGUGCACACUACAAUAAUAAUCGUAAUAUCGUAAUAAAUUUGAUCAUAAUUACUGUGUGCGUUGUGAAAAUGUGUUCCCCACUUCAAUUUUCAUAUAGUUCAUAGGAAAUAUUUUAAUAUCCCUAGCACAUACAUAUUUGAUUAAGCUAUAUAUUUGUGGAUCUAGCUAAUAAAACACAUAGAUUAACGGCAAAAGAUUUAUUUCUAAUUUACAUAACCAUUCAAAAUACGAACUUUCAAUGGUAUUAAAAUACCAUUAGAAUGAUGUGAAUAAACUUGUAAUUAUAGGUAAUAUGUAUUUAAAUGUAUUCACACGUAGUCAUGGCACUUUGUGUGUUAUAACUGUAUAAAAACAAUUUAACAAGAAAUAAGGAAAACAUCAGGAUGACCCGAGACCUAAAAACCAGAAAUCUAAAAUGAAACUAUACAAUAUUGUUACAAAAAAGUGUUUCCUCAUGUUGGAUGUUUAUUCCUGAUAGUAUUUAAUUCAAAUUUAUUAAAAAUUUAUUCAGCUAAAAGAGUUAUACAUAGGAUAUAAAAUAUGCUGUCCCUCUUUCCCAUAAUCCGUGAUGAUUAAUAACAACAUCUUUAUAACUCAUGGAGUUGUAGCCCAUAAUUAUAAAUUUGUUAUUUGUAUAGUUCUCUUAUUAGUUAUUCUUCUCAUAUAAAGUUUAAAAUAUGGAAAUAUGGAAGAUUUCCCAAGUUCGAUUAGCAGAAUAUAGAUACUAGAAACACAGAGAUUUGAAUUAAUAGUAACUAUAAUCAAAAAAAUAAGUAAUUCAUUCAAGAGGAAGGGGGGGGGGUGGUGGCUAUGAUGGGGUACCUUUUGGACAAAAUCGCACUUAACAUUCCAUUUCUAAAAUAGAAUUCAUAUCCUUAGGGAAUCGGACAUGGAACGUUGUUGUUGCGCCUCAAGUCAUGAUAUAAAGUAAACGGUAACGACGUCUCGCAGGAAUGAAGCGUUCGUUACCCUCCGAUAAAGUUUUCAUAACAACGAAUAAUAAAACUAUGGAACAGUAACUCGCCUUCAAUUGCACUUUAGAUUAUGGUUCUCACUCACACUCUUUCAUAAACAAACGCUUGCACGCGAUUGGUCGCGCCAAGGUCACGGUUCGCAAGCGCCACCCAGCGCACCCUUAUGACGAUGACGUUAUCCAGUACUUCUACUUUCAAGUAUGUACAUGACCUCUUUUUGAAAGUGUAUGCUGCAUAUUGUACUAUUUUUGCAACGGUCCAAUUUGUUUCAUUUCUUUCCAAGCGUACUAUCACAAGCGGCUAUCCAUUUUUUACAUUGAAUUUCAUUUGUCGGAAAUCUGCAGUAAUAAAAUCAUUUGUUACUUAAAUAAAACUUAUGUUUUAUCCAAGCAGUAUAAAGAACUACUAUUGCAUAAAAAAAGUAAUCGUACAUAUUGCAUAACACUAUCCAUCAACAAUAGUAUGAAAUUUUACGAUGUUUGUAUACUUACUUAUGAAAGCUAAUUCCACUGUUUUUCAUAUCUGUAUGGCUUUUACACCAUUUCACGACACACGAUUGCAUACUUGCAAAAUUAAAAAGCGCAAAAUAAUAAUUAUCUGGUCAACCGAAAACUGACGCAACACGACCGCACGACACGAGUGCCACAGCGAACUGGCGCGCCGUUCUGUAGCUAUUUUAAACCCCGCCCUCCGCGGUAGCUAUUUACGUGGAACCAUUUUUGAAGCGUAAUAACUUUUCUAUAGUUUUAUUAUUCGUAGUUUCUAAUUAUAAUAAGUAUUUUUGUUUUGUGCCUUUAUACUGUGACCAAACAGCAUAGCGGCUGUCCCACCUUUGCAUGACUGCUUUGUGAUAGAAGUGAGUAGAAUAAUGGUUUAAUUUUUGUGAAAAUAUAUACCCAAACAUCGUCGGAUUAGGUUGAGUACUGUGAAACUAAAGGUACAUUGCAAAGGUGAAUAGCUAUGGGCCAGCUUUGUUAUUCUAUUCUCAUUCAAAGUACUAUCUCCGUUUAAAAAUAUAGUAAUUUAAUUAUUUUUCAAAUGUAUUUACUGUACAAAAAUAUGCCAUUCGUUUAUUAUUUAUCGAUUAUGUGUUUAAUUAACUACAUUAAUAACGAUAACUUGAGUAAUGACUAAUAUUUCGAAAAUAUUUUUUUACGUACCUACAUAUUCCUAUACCAGAACAAACCUUAGUAGUAGACGAUACUUUUACACGGCGCACUCAAACUCCGUUGGUCAAUGCGCACUCAAACUCCGUUGGUCAAUGAUGACAAAUUGUAAGAACGUUAAAAAGAGUCUUAAAUAAUGAAGUUAUUAUGCUUAGUAACACUUAGUACACACACAAGUACUUAAGUAAUCUAACGUUUCACUUAAUUAUUUUGGACUUGUAUCAUUUCCUAAGUUCAUAAGUCUUCCUUAAUAUUACUGUGUUUUAAAUAUCGAACCAAAUAUGUAUUGAAUUUAUUUGAUUGUGUAUUAAUACAAUGCGAAAACCAA